CUACCAAAGGAAUUGUCCAGUUCAGAUGAAUUUUUACUUAUGACGUCAGCUCUGCAAGUCAGGAGGAAGAACGAGGAAGAGGUAGGUUUCAUUUUCAUGCAAAUCGGAAGAUCAUCCUUUAGUUUUCUUUCGAAACACCAUUACACAAAAGAUUGCAAUUAGUAUUUGAAGAACCAUGGAAUUCCAGGUCCAAUUUACCCAAAUAGAAGUUCCUGUUCCUGUUCCAGUUCCAGUGCAACCUAGAAAAACAGACCCCCUAAUAAAAUGCAUCAAAGACAACAAGUCAAAGAAAUUCCGCAAUUUAAUACGAGGCAGGGAUAUCAAUGGACUUUACGCUUCUGAAGACUUCAAUGAUGAUAUCAGCCUUCUGACAGCAGCAGUUGUAUAUAGGAAUGAUGAUAUUUGUUGUUAUCUGCUUGAAAAUGCUGCUGAUCCCAACAAACACUCCCAAAAGGGACUAGCUCCGCUUCACUAUGCUGCAAUUAUAGCUGGAGUUCCAUUGAGUAUUGUGAAACGAAUACUUGCAGCAAAAGCUAAUCCAGAUGGACAUAAAUUACAAAUUUUUACUCCAUUUCAAUACGCUGUUGAUUAUAGCCGUGAAGAUAUUGUGAAAGCAUUAAUAGAAGCUGGAGCUUCCGCUGUAUGGAACUAUGGAAGGAAUCCAGCACUUGAUAAAAAAGUGGACAACAUGGUCAAUCGAUUAUCAAUACAGAGGGAAGAUUUUGAGAAACUGCAGAUAUUUCUCUCUUUUUCUCAUGCUGUCACAAAAAACACCCAGAGAGAAGUUUUCAAAGAAGUUGAGAAACAUUUCUUUGAAGAGCACCCUGAAUUUCAUACAAUUCUUUUUGAAGGUUACUUUGGUGUCAUUGGUCAAGGUGCAGAGAUGUAUCGUCAGAGUGCCAUCAAGUGGUUAAAAGAGACUAAGAAUGCAGACAGGUACAUUAAGGAAAUCAUCAAGCGCUUUCCAAGAAUACCUCAGGAGAGUUGUGUGGUUGCACUAAACUGCUUAAAUGCUGCUUUGUGUGUCAUUGAAAGAAUUUCUUCUGAGGUAUUCAGUGAGCUUGUGCCAGUUCUAACAAACAGCCUCCAGCACUUUGGAAACCCACAAGGAGAAAUUAACAAUCACUUGAUACUAAAAAUACUCAAUGUCAUGAUGCAAAAGACCUCCGAUCAAAAAUUGAGUGCAAACCAUUUUGUCUAUGAGAAGUUAUGUAAAGAUCUGUUGCCUCUCACAGAUGCUAAUUAUUCAAGUCGAACUGGAGUUUGGACCUAUGGAUUGUUUGCCUAUAUAUAUGACUUUGCUCCAGAAAUUGUUGGAAAGUCUGGAUUGCCCUUAGUACCAGAGAGGAUACUUUGCUCUGCAGAGCUAGAGAUGGAUGAAGUCAUGAAAAAAAAGCUGCAAAAGUUGAACUUAUCACUCAGACAUCCACUGGGUUCAAGUGCUGUGGAUGGUUUAUUUGAGGAGAAUGAUGCUGCUCCUUCAACAAGCAGGAAAAAGAAGAAAAAGAAGAAGAAGAAAACAAUCCAGCAAGAGGUGGGGUCACAAGAAGGGGAGCAGCUAGAUGUAAAGACUCCCAUAGAGGAGACAAAUUCAAGCAUGCAUACAUUCAAACUGCCUAUUGAGAAUCUACCAGUGCCAAGAGAGUGGGAUCCAGUUAGUCAUCGCUGGAGGGAACAUUUUGAGAAACUUGCUAAAAUUGAUGACAGUAAAACCAGUAGACUAGGAAGUCUUACACUUGUACUCACUGCUGAAUUUCAGAUUGCUAAAGGAAGUGACGGAACAGAAGUUUUUCUUGGUCUGAGGGAUGACGGCUUAGAGGUAGCUGUGAAACGAAUGAUUAAGUCUAAUUACCAAAUCCUAAAAAACGAGGAGGUGUUUUUAAGACUUCCACAACUUGAUAGUCCCUCCAUUGUGCGAUAUGUAGACUUUGCAGAAGAUGAACAUUUUGGAUACCUUGUCCUUCAGCUUUGUGAGUACACACUGGAAGAAUAUAUUGAAAAACACUUACCAGCUGACAGUGCUGAAAGGGCUGAUGUUUUGAAGAAGCUUUCGAAGGAAGUGCUCCACAGCUUACAGGUUUUACACAGCCACAAUACCAAAGUGCUCCAUCGGGAUAUCAAACCCCAGAAUGUUCUGAUUGACAUAAAUGGAAAAGCUAGAUUGGCUGAUUUUGGCAUAAGUCGUCGACUCAACCUUGGCCAAACCACUUUACAAACAGGCAUUGCUGGAACUAGAUUCUGGAAGGCAAAGGAAACCAUAGAUGAGCAGAGCAACAUUGGGUACAAAAGGAGUUCUGACAUUCAGGUCGCUGGGAUGUUAGUGUACUACAUUCUCUCUAGAGGGCACCAUCCGUUUGGCAAAGGUGUCUUUUGUGAAGUAAACAUUCUCCAAGGAAAAUACUCAUUGGAACACCUGGAUGAUGAUGUGGCGAAGGAUCUUGUUGAAUGGAUGAUUAAUCAAAAUCCAAAGGACAGACCAACUGUGGAGCAGACACUUGAACAUCCCUUUUUCUGGAUUGAUGACAGGAGACUGGAGUACCUGAAAAAAUUGGGUAAUCAGACUGAGGCUGAGAACUGUCGCAAUGCUGACAAGGAUCUCCUUCAUGCCAUUGAAAGAUACACAGAGGGGAAAACCUUUUCUGAAUGGAAAACUAAAUUGCCAUCUGAGUUUGUUCAGAAACUGGAUGGUAAAAAGAAAGUCUAUCCUGAGAACACACUGGGCCUGGUGCGAUUUGUGCGCAACCUGCAUGAGCAUUAUCCAGAGGAUGCAGAGAAUAUCAACUUGAUGAAGUUGUUCCCUGAUCUCUUUGGCAGUAUGUUCAGGUUUGCCAAGGAGAGAGGAUGGAACUCCAGGGCGAGUCUGAAAAAGUUCUUCAGUACAGUUCCACAGAUUUAAUUUUUGUCCUGUCUGGAUUACAUAUGACCAUUGAUUCUGCCUAUAUGACUCAUUCUCAGGAAGCCAUUUGUGCUUGACAAUUUCUGGAAACUAUGCAUUUAUUUUUUUAUUUCUGGAACAUAUACAUGUAUUUUUAAAUUUUGUAUUUUAAAGGUUAGUGCUGAACUGUCCACAUUUUUAAGGACAACUUAGGCACAAAGUACCAAGGCCAAAAUUGAGGGUUAUGGAAUUGUAUUGUAAAGGGUCAUGUUUUACAAAUGAUCAGUUUUUAGUGGGAGAACAAAUUAACGAUUGUUUAGAUAAACAUGUUUAAUUCAGGUACUAAUUCCUUUUGGUGAGUUUGGGCAUUUAUAUCUCAAAUUAUUGUAAGCUUUGUCUAACAUCUGCUACAUCGAAUUAAGUUUACCAUACAUUGCCAUCUACUGGAUGGAUAUUUUGCAAAUGCUCUUCAACAAUAAAAAAGCA